UUUCCCUUCCACAAAUCCACCAUAACUUUUCCAAUUCACGACCUAAUCGGCGCCGUAAAAUCUCAGUCGCCGUCGCAGUCGCCGGAGUAACUCUCGUCCAAUCGCCAUAUAACCGCAAAGCUAAACUCGAAGGAUGAGGAAGCUAAAGUUUCAUGAGAAGAAACUGUUGAAAAAGGUGAACUUUUUGGAAUGGAAAAGAGAAGGUGGGCAUAGAGAAGCUAAUGUGAUGCAGCGAUACCAUGUUGUUGGUCGAGAUGAUUAUAAGAAGUAUUCAAGUUUGUGUAGAAACGUGCAGAAGAUGGUCAAUAUGUUGAAGCAGGUUGAUCCAAAAGACCCUUUCAGAAUUGAGAUGACAGAUUCUCUCUUAGAAAAGCUGUAUGGUAUGGGUGUUAUCCCAUCGAGAAAGAGCUUGGCUUUAUGCGAACGUUUAUCAGUGUCUUCAUUCUGUCGGCGAAGACUCUCGACUGCUAUGGUGAGGCUGAAAUUUGCGGAACAUCUAAAAGAAGCGGUUACCUAUAUCGAGCAGGGACACGUCAGAGUGGGGCCCGACACUAUUACUGAUCCAGCGUUUUUAGUGACAAGAAACAUGGAAGAUUUCAUAACCUGGGUGGAUUCGUCGAAGAUCAAGAGGAAGGUUCUCGCUUACAACGACAAGCUAGAUGACUACGAUGCAAUGAAUUGAGUUGGAGUUCAAAUUUACAAAAAAUACCAUGGAAGAUUCAAUGAAGUGUUGUUCAUUUUGAAUUAUUGUAUUAAUGCAAGAAAUAUUGUUUGCCUUUUCCGCAAACCCUAUUUUGUUACAAUCUUAUUGGGAAAGGUCUAAAUUUUGUUUUUUUAAUUAGGUAUUCAAAAUUUUAUAAGUUUUUUUUGUUUAAUUCAUUUGUUAAAUAUAGAGAUGUUUUACUCAUAA